GGUCUCUAACAGCGGUGGUGUUGUUGUUGAGAGACAAACAUGGCGCAGAUGGAUUAGUACUGCUGACGAUUUGGAAGAAUACAACCAGAGGGAUACUUUUUUUCAAGCUCGGUCUUGUACAAUGCAAGGGUGAAAUGGUCUCAAUCCUGAAUUGGAUCACUGCUUCGUUGAUGACUAAAAGGCGACCAGGACGCAGGAAUACAUUCAACGCCAUUCAUAAACAUUUCUAUAGGACUUCAAACCCCUGAGUGUUGUUGUUUGAUAUUUACAACGAUUUCUUACGGCUUACAGCAAAUCAUGGCCAGUAAAGUGAAAAUGAGCAGUGAUUUACUUCAAGGCGUGGAUAGAUUAAAAGAGGAACACAUAAAGGUGGUGAAAGAGUGCCAAAGUCAAAUUACACACUGGACAAAAUUGGAGAAUGAUUAUGAAAGUCUGCAGGAGCGCCUCAACACUUUGCCUGAUAAGCUGUCCUAUGAUAUUAUGGUACCGUUCGGUUCUUUGGCUUUCAUGCCUGGGAAGCUGGUUCACACCAAUGAGCUCACGGUUCUCCUCGGAGAUAACUGGUUCACAAAGUGUUCUGCUAAGCAGGCCCAGACACUUGUAGAACACAGAAAGAAACAUGUGAAGAAUAAACUUGAUGAUUUGCGCAAAGUGGUGAAGAGCUUUCAAGACAGAGCUGGCUUCACAGAAGAUCUUAAAAAGAUGGCAAAUGAUGGAGAUUUUGUUGACAUCAGAGAAGAAGGGGGAAAAGAGGAAGCAGUUACCAGAGGUAAACAUCGUGUGGCCCACAAACCAUACUCUAAGCCUAAGGAGCCAUAUAUGGUGCAGCUAGAGGAGGAGGAGGAGGAGGUGGAGGAUGAGAGUGUAAAUGGAGGAAACAGUAAAGGAGUGCUGACAGAGGAGGAGCUGUGGGCACGGCUGGAUGAGCUGGAGCGUCUGGAGGAGGAGCAGGAUGAGAGAGAAAGAAUGGACAGCACCGAUACCAACGGUGAGGACACAACUUCGUCUUCGUCAGAGGAAGAGAAGGAGGCAGAUGCUGGGGUCACGAUCCAGGUUAAUGGCCAUGACCAAAAUGGGGACUGUGCUCCCGCCUCUCACACAAGCCAGGUCAAUGGCAUCAAAGCACAGCUUGACGAAGAGGAACAAGAAGAAGCCGAGGAGGUUGGCAAUGGUCUGCCCACGAUCUACUUCAGUCAUACAGUAGAACCCAAAAAAGUACGAAUAAACACAGGAAAGAACACUACUCUGAAGUUCAGUGAACGGAAAGAGCAGAAAGAGCAGGCCAAACGUAAAAAGAAGAAUGGCAAAUGCAACGGCCAUGCUGUUCAUGAGCAUCAUAAAAUCACAACUCCUGCUGAUAUCUACAGGGUAUUUGUGGAUGUAGUGAAUGGUGAGCCUGUCCCAAGGAAAUCCAUCCUGAAGUCACGCAGUCGUGAGAACAGCGUGUGCAGUGACACCAGUGAGAGCAGCACAGCAGAUUUUGAGGAGCGCCGUGCUUUUGUUAACCGCACACACAGCCAUGAUGAAGCCACCCACAGUGACACCAGUGAUGGUAUUACUGAAGAGGACAGUCCGACUGGAAUAAGUCUUUACCCUAAUGGGCGUUUUGAGGCUUUUUCAGGGACAGUGAUUGAAAAAGAUCCACUGCCCUCAAUGAUCCCUCAUCUGACGAUCACCCCUCCUGCGUUACCCACAAUCCUUGAAAGAAAGCAAGAAGAGGUGGGCUCGGAAGUGUCCCAGGAGCCACCCAAGAGGGUGUCAAAGUUCAAAGCUGCCCGGCUGCAGCAGAAGUGAGACUCCUAAUGGUCUAAUGGUUCUUGCUUUUUAAAAAAAAAAAAAAAAAAAAACUCCCUUUUGUAUGACAGUAAUACUUGGUGGUCUUGCACACCUCUGUCCUGCCCUCUCUCUCUUUGUUUCAGUCUUUGCUGCUGUUCUGUGCUGUCUUGCUCAAGCCAAUCUGGUCUAUUUUCACUACAUAUACCAUAUGUUUUAUGUUCUGUCCUAACAGUAGGAGAUGCAGCUCAAACUUGUUCAGCCUCUCCACUCUGGAAAAUUGACCAGGCACUUUUUAUUCAUUGAGACAGGGCUGCAUGACCAGAUACAUACCUACUGGUUUUGCUUUGUGUGUUCCUCUAGGCCACAUGUAUGUGAAUAUAAAAGAGUAGCAUUAGAAAUAUCAUGUGCUACACACAUACAUGGCAGGUUAUUGUCUUUGUGAUUUUUCUAGCUGCUCUGGUGACCUGUCUUAUAGAGGUGUUUUGUACCUUAUAAAGUAUCUCACAUGACAAACAGUCUGCUGUAACUUCUAAACCUUUCUAAAUCUUCCAUACUGGGAUUGUUUUUGCUGUGUCUACAGUCUUUGGAUGUAGAUCAGCUUUUUUGUGAUUGAAUACAAAUGUUAACCAGAAAAUAAAUGAUUUUGCCUAUA